AUGUUGACCAUCAAGACAGAAAUCAGACAUAUAAUCAGCGCCAACCUCGAGUAUCUACAUGAUUACCACUACGAGUAGUAAUAAUACAUGUUAGUUCAGUAAACAAAUCGCUAGAGUGGAGUAUCAACUUUUCCUUUUUCCUCGAAAUCUUGGCACUUCAGCCACCGAUCACGGCAGUCCCUGGCCCUCGCUGGGAUGAUUUCUCCCCCACUACCAUUCGGCCCUGUUCGACUCAUCACUUUUCAUAGUCUUGAAGGAUAUUAAUCGCUCACACGUCCCUGUAAUUACUCAUUGUAAAUCCCCCUCCUCUCAAUUGAUCUCUUCGAAAGUCAUUCAGACAUUUCGAUAUCCUUUUAUAUACUCGUAACAAAGCCAUAACCCAAUCGUCGCCGAUCUUGGUCGCAUAUACACUACCCAAUCUUUCCACCAUGUCUCCAGUCAACGGUCACACAUACGACUCCACGAGGAUAGCGCAGCACACCCAGGAAAAAAACUUACCGGGUGGCUGGAAGGUCCUUAAGUUUGGUGGAACAAGUGUUGGAAAGUUCAGUGAGGCUAUAGCGGCCAUUGUUCAAAAUGGCCUCAAGACCAAUCGUGCCGCUAUAGUCUGCUCUGCGCGCAGCAACAACACCAAGAUUGAGGGAACUACCAACAGACUCCUCCGUUGCGCGCGAUCCGCCGAGACCCCUGGCUCUCAGUCUUAUUACGAGAUCGUCGAAACCAUCCGCGAAGACCACAUCAACGCCGGAAAGCAAGUCCUCACUUCGGCCGAUAUCCUCGCGACCUACGCCGAUAGUGUCAAUGCCGAAUUGGACAAUCUCGUCAAGAUCCUCGAGUCUGCUCAGCAUUUGGAAGAGGUCACGAGCCGCGUUGAGGAUAAGAUUAUCAGCAAGGGCGAAAAGUUGAGCUGCUUGUACAUGACCGCACUGCUGCAAGACCGCGGAGUGCCUGCCCAAUACGUGGAUCUGGCAGAUGUUAUCAAGAACGCGCCUGAGAAGGGUCUGGAUGAGCAAUUCUAUAAGAAUUUGGCCGUCGCACUGAGCAAGGAGGUGGAGGCUUGUGGCGACAAAGUCCCGGUCAUCACUGGCUUCUUUGGAACACUUCCUUCCGGAAUCGUUCAGACUAUCGGGCGCGGAUAUACCGACCUUUGCGCAGCUUUGGUUGCUGUUGGUAUCCACGCUGAGGAGCUUCAAAUCUGGAAGGAAGUCGAUGGCAUCUUCACCGCCGAUCCUCGAAAGGUCCCCACCGCCGCAUUGCUACCAACGGUAACCCCGGCAGAGGCUGCCGAAUUGACCUUCUACGGCUCUGAGGUCAUUCACCCCUUCACGAUGGAGCAGGUUAUUCGAGCGCGUAUUCCAAUCCGCAUCAAGAACGUCAUGAACCCGCGUAAUGCCGGCACGGUCAUCUUCCCCGACCUCAAAGACGAAAUCGAUCCCCGUGCACCCUUGAAGGACUCCAAGCUCUUCCGUACGCGCUCGUCUAGCACCAUUUCUACGCUUCAAGGCCCUAAGCGACCCACUGCCGUUACUAUCAAGCACAACAUUGUUGUCUUGAACGUACACAGCAACAAGCGCACUCGUGCCCACGGAUUCUUGAUGAGCAUUUUCAGUAUCUUGGAUGAGUGGCACCUAUCCGUGGAUCUUAUCUCUUCCUCCGAGGUCCACGUGUCUAUGGCCUUGCAUUCCGAGUCUGCAUUGUUGAGCGGUGGAGGCGAAGAUGAAUACCGCAUUCAGGACAAGUACCUUCACGGUGCUAUCACGGCGUUGGGUGCACUCGGCACGAUCGAUCUUGCUCCCGACAUGGCCAUUAUCAGCUUGGUCGGCAAGCAAUUGAAAAACAUGGUGGGCAUCUCGGGCCGCUUCUUCGGCGUCCUCGGCGACAACAAUAUCAACAUCGAAAUGAUCUCGCAAGGCGCUAGUGAGAUCAAUAUAUCUUGCGUGAUUGAGGAACGCGAAGCAGACCGUGCCCUCAACGUUGUUCAUACAGGUCUGUUUACAUUUUUGGAAUAAGCGACGCAUUUGCAUCA